AUGCAGUGCCUCUUGCGCCGCACCCUCCUCUUGACCUCCCGCCCUCGAUUCCUCAGCACCUCACCCAUCAUCUUCCAAAAACCCAUGCCCCCUCGCCCCGCACCGCCUCCCGACUCGGAGCUCGAGGAAUCCUUUCUCAAAGGCAGCGGCCCCGGUGGUCAAAAAAUCAACAAAACCAACUCCGCCGUGCAACUUAAACACAUUCCCACCGGCAUCGUCGUCAAGUCGCAGGCCACGCGCUCACGGUCGCAGAACCGCAAGCACGCGCGCGAGAUUCUCGCGCAAAAGCUAGAUGAUUUGCGCCGGGGCGGCGAGAGCCGCGCCAACAUUGUCGGCGCGGUCAAGAAGAAGAGGGCAGACAGCGCCGCCAAGAAGAGCAGGCGCAAGUAUAAAAGGCUAGAAGAUGAAAAGGCGGCCGUGACAGAGCAAGGACGGCAAGGAGAAGGGGUAGGGGAUAAAGACGAUUUACCCCGGAAUACUGCUGGUGACGAGAUAGAACAGGCGACAAAGAAGCCAGUAGUGAAGGCGGCUGAGCAUGACGACUCAACAAAAACAAGCUGCGAUGCAGCACCAAGGCAGCCGACAGAUAUCACAACCAGAUAA